UACACCAGCGUGUCAGAUACACACUCUACUCUCCCUCUCACACACACAGCGAUCGAGGAGCGGGAGCGGGAACUCUGCGUUCACCACGGAACACAGCUUUGUAAAUGCUGGAUAAUACACUGGCAACUCAUUGUGACCUUAAAGGAAUUCAUUACUCUGGUUUCUUCAGCAAAAAAGGAUUUUUUUGUUUGUUUUCUCCUUCUGUCCCUCUUCUGCUGUGAAGGUUGUGCCGGAACACUGUGGAACGCUGCCUGGAAGAGAGAUUUCUAAGAAGCUCUGAACACAUGGAGGCUGAUCUGAGUGGACCGUCUGCCCAGGGAGACUCAUCAGUUCGUGGAAGGACGAAGUUGUGAAGUUGAGUUAAUCUCAGACUCGAGAGUUCCAUCAUCACGGCACACACUGCUCUAGGAGUGUGAGAUACUACCGAGGGAUCCAGACGGGACUGAAAAAAGGAGAGAAGAGAGGUUCUUCAUGCAUUCCAUAAGCUUCUGAGAGUUUUCAAAGGUAGUGUGAUCUCCGAAGAGCAGCAUGCGGAGAGCUAGCAUGGCGUGGCCCUCUUUCCUGGCCUGUUCCCUCUUCCUCCUCUUCCUCCUGGCCACAUCAGCGCAACGAGCAGAGGAUGAUGUCACGCCACGGCUAAGCUUUGAAUAUAAUGCAAAGGAAAGGUCAGCCAAGAGGUUUUCGGCCGAAAGAGUCUUCAAUUACACCUCUCUGCUCCUCAGCCCGGAAGACAAUAUGCUGUAUGUAGGCGCUCGAGAGACUCUCUUCGCCCUCAACCUCAGUGAUAUCAGCAGACCACAACUGCAACGCAAUUUCACAUGGAGCACGCCAGAAGAGAAACGAGAAAAGUGCAGCUUCAAAGGCAAAAACUUACAAACUGACUGUUUCAAUUACAUCAAGAUCUUGCUGCGUGUGAACGCCACUCAUCUGUACGUAUGUGGGACGUAUGCCUUCAGCCCGAUCUGCGCAUACAUUAACACAGUGGACUUCUCUCUUGUACGGAGCGGGACAGGGGAGAUUGUGACAGAGGACGGGCGAAGCCGCUGCCCUUUUAACCCUGAAUACAAGUCCACUGCCAUCAUGGCUGAUGGGGAGCUGUAUGCUGGCACGGUUAGUAACUUCCAAGGGAACGAACCCAUCAUUUACAAGAGCCUUGGCCAGGGUACUGCCUUAAAGACUGAGAACUCAUUGAACUGGCUUCAAGACCCGGCAUUUGUGGGCUCUGCCUACAUCCAGGAGAGCCUACCUAAAGGCAAUGCGGUGGGCGACGAUGAUAAGAUUUACUUCUUCUUCAGCGAAGCGGGGAAGGAGUUUGAUUUCUUCGACAAUACCAUUGUGUCACGCAUUGCUCGCGUGUGUAAGGGUGAUAAAGGUGGAGAGAGGGUCCUGCAGAAGAAGUGGACCACGUUCCUGAAAGCCCAGCUGCUGUGCUCUCUGCCUGACGACGGCUUCCCUUUCAAUAUCAUUCAGGACAUGUUUGUCCUAACCCCCAGCAAAGAGGACUGGAAGAGCACUGUGUUCUAUGGAGUCUUCACUUCUCAAUGGUACAAAGGUGCGUCUGGUAGCUCGGCGGUGUGCUCUUUCAACAUGGACCAGGUGGAGGAAGCCUUUAAUGGCCGUUAUCGAGAGGUUAACAGAGAGACUCAGCAGUGGUACACUUACAACCACCCUGUCCCAGAGCCUAGACCUGGAGCGUGCAUUACCAAUGCGGCGCGAGCACAGGGCAUCUCCUCCUCUCUGCACAUGCCCGAUAAAGUGCUGAACUUUGUGAAGGAUCAUUUCCUGAUGGACAGCGUGAUCCGCAGCCAGCCUCUGCUGCUCAAACGCAGCGUGCGCUACACACAGAUCGCCGUGCACCAGGUCCAGGCCGUGCACAAGGCCUACAGCGUGCUUUUUGUUGGGACAGAUGACGGCAGGCUUCAUAAAGCCAUCAACGCCAAGGGCAAGAUGCACAUCAUCGAGGAAUUGGUGCUGUUCCCUGAACCCCAGCCUGUGCAGCACAUCGAGCUGGACGCUGAAAAGGGUCUGUUGUUCGUGUCUUCAUACUCUGGACUGGUGGAGAUCCCUGUGGCUAACUGCUCCAACUACCAGAGCUGUGGAGAGUGUAUCCUCUCCAGAGACCCUUACUGCGGCUGGACAGGGAGGCAGUGUGUAGAUGUCAGGCAUGUUCCUGCUAAAAGUAAACUGCUGCAAGAUGUGGAAGAUGCCAACACUGCAUCGUUGUGUGAUAAAGCCUUGCCCAGCCACGGUCUCACACGAGUUUCUUCCACACGUACCCCAUCCUGUCAAGUGAUCAUAAUUCCAGCGAACACGUUUCGAGUGUUGCCCUGUAAGCUGCGCUCUAAUCUGGCGGAGAGGCGAUGGGAGUACAGCGAUAGCGCCGGCCAUUUUCUCUACCCCAGCUCUGAUGGGGGGCUAGUGGUGGUGGCCCAGGCGGACAGAGAGGAGUCGUACGAAUGCUGGUCGGUGGAGAAGGGCUUCCGGCAACUCUUGGCCAAUUACUGUGUGAAGGCAGAGCCCCGGCACGAGAGCACCACCCUGAUUGGCCGCUCCCGCACGCCAAUGGUGCCCAAAGAGGAGCCCAUGAUCCUUCCGGGCGAGGCUCGCUCACCACAGACCGAAACCAAAACCUACUGGAACGAGCUGAUCGUGGUUUGUGCUCUGCUGGGCUUCUCUUUGGUGGUCUUCUCCUUGUUCGUGGUGUACCGGAACCGGGACCGGAUGAAGUCCAUGCUGAAGGAGGGCGAGUGCCCCAACAUGCAGCAGAAGAAGGCACGCAUGGCACAUGGGAAGCCCACGGAGAGCUUACCGCUGAACGGCAACAACAUCCCGCCUUCUGUCUCGGAUCACAAGGGCUACCAGACACUCCAUGACAACUACUUCUGCAGCACGCCCAUACAAGAGUGCUCCUCACCCGAGAACAGCAAGAGCUUCUCUGAAUCAGAGAAGCGGCCGCUGAACCUAAAGGAGAGUCACGUGGAGAUAUCGCCCACCUGCCCACGACCUCGAGUCCGCUUGGGCUCCGAGAUCAAAGACUCUAUCGUCUGAGACUCUAUUUUCAGAUAACGACGACAUUUGAUGUGGUACGGAAGGGCUGCUGGGGAAUAGACAGCACCGUGAGAGGGACACACUGAAAAGACUCCAAACUCAUCACCAUUGGACCAUUUCAUACCAUCUUUGGUUUACUUUUUGCACUUUUUGUCCUCUCGUUUUGUCUUGGUGGUCUGCCCACAUUUUCCUCUCAGUCACUGGUAGUUCUGGAGUGCAUCAAAGGCGCAGCAAUCUUCAGACUGUUAAAGCUGUGCCUAGAUGAACCCAGAAUGAAUGUAGGCAAUAUGGCGAGCUUUUUUGAGAACAUUUACGGUAUGGCCAAUAGUAAGCCAUGUAAGCCAUGUCCUGCCCAUUCCGUCCUAAUCAUCCAUUGGCAUGUCAUACAGUGGGCUUAGGGGUCACCUGACACCCUCACAUAUACUUCAUUGGUUGUGCCAUUGGAGAUCAUUAACUUCUCCCUUACACUGACCACCUCUCCCUGGUGGAGUGACGGCAGGUUGAAGUGUGGACGACAAAAUAGUGGAGCAAUCUGCCAAGUAAGGUGCCUAGGAUCAGAGGGUGAGCCUUUGGUUAGUAGUAAAUCAGAAUAGAUAGCAUAAGUCGUCUAAUGUGAACAACCUUUGCUAAAAAUAAAAAGCCUCACCACAUAUAUGCAAGGCCUGUAGUUGUAAAUCAUCAUGACCUCAGCACAAGGCAGGCAUACUAUGCAAAGCACUGGGAUUUUAGCAAGAAGAGGAAUUCCAUCUAGUAAAGCUAGCGUAGGGCACACAGCAGUUUUGUCGCAUUCAGCAAGAAGCCACGUCUUCAGUAUUGCUUCUCAGAGAUACACACAUACAAUCAAGUAUGCAAGUGAGAUUGAGGUGCUGUUGCGCAGUGAGAUGUGAUGAGUCCAAAGCCAGGACCCAAGCAGACAGGGCCCAAGAGGGCAAACGAUACGAGGAGAGCGUGAUGAGAAAUGAAGGCAGGAAAGGAGAAAAGGACAAAAGAAAUAGUCUUUAGCCUGCAUAGUCCAGGUCCAGUCCAUGGCUAAUGAGCCUGUGUUAGGGAAGAAACAGAGAAGAUUCAAGAGAAGCAGACGAUGAAAGUGACCAAUACCAAUAAUAAUCUUAUACUUGUUUACAGAACCAAAUCAAUCGACCAUUGUGCCAAAUAUUUAGACAAUAAAUGGAUAAAUCUCUCAUUGGCUUACUAUAUUGCACAAGGGGUCUAAAAUUUUUCAAAAUUGUGAGGUGUACUUCUUAUAUUCUAAAAGGAAUAACUUUCAUUCUAUUCUUGUCCACUCAGCUAUAUUUGCUGGAAAUUUCUUUGCGUUUGGGCUACGUUAGAAUCAUCCUGUACUCACUUUUCAAAUGAACGUGUGUAGUUUGUGCUUUACAUUUUUUUCUCCUUCAUUACAAAGUGCCACGUUUACCAUCCAGGAGCCAAGGAUAGUCUAACACAGUCACUUUGGAUGGGUGCACGGAUCCUAACUCAGUCGCUCGGGUGGUUAGAGCAGUUUGUUUCAAAAUAUGGACCAGAGCUUGGCUGCUAGAGAAUAAUGAGCAAGCGAACUGCCUAAUAACAGCAUAUUGUAAUAAUAAAAUAUUAACAGCAUACGUCAUGUGCAAAAAUACUUGUAUAGUUAAUAAUACAAAAUGUCUUCAAGGUUACAUUUUUUUGCCAUUUCAGUGAUUAUUCUUGAAUAUUGUGACCUAAUAAUUUUCCAAAGAUGGAUGUCAUAUUGCACCACUUUGAGGGUAUUAAUGUACGAACUCAAACAUUCGUUUUGUGGAAUGUAGUGACAAAUUCAUUGAAAGUAUUCCAAAACUAUUCUUUAAGUAAAAAAAAAAAGUGUCUUAUUUAAGUUUUAGCCUAGAUGUUUCUAUAUGAGAGCUCUAAUUUGACAUGUUUUGACAAAGUAGCCAUGCAAGUAUGCUACUGUGCUACUGACGGACUGCCACUGUAGUCACGUGUACAUAUGUAUAUUUCUAUGAUGUUUGUGUGGGGCUGGUUGACGGGUUUUGUGUUCGAGGGGAAAAAACCAAACGGCACAACUGCUGCUUUUCUUUCACAGAAUGUUUAAAAGGCCUUAGUUCAAGCUAAACAGGGCUACAAUGAUUCUGUUGACAAUUCUGUUGUAGAGAGUUUUUUAAAAAUGCCUUUAAGCUACAUUUUGUGAAUCAAAGGUGGUGUUUCUCCAACGAUCGAACACAUCAUUGUAGCCUUCUGGUGUCAACACGCAAUCACGCGAAUAGACUGCAGAUCUCACACGCAUGCCUCCUCUGAGGACACCGUAGAGUUCACACUGGCAUGCUCGUGUAAAGAAAAUUAAAAAAUAAUAACUCAGAAUUCAUUGGAGCAAAUGCCUUAUGAUUGUGGCCAGUAAUUGCAAACUGUCUUAGUUCGAAAUGGCACGUUACGUCAUUUUGUUGUAUGCAGUACCCAGAUAUGUCGAAAACCACUGUAUUAUGAAUGAUCAUCUGUACAACAGUCCACUACUGGACUAUGUCUCUAUUGUGGAUAGCGUAUCUACACAAGUCCAUAAUAGACGGCCAAUAAUCUCUCUCUCUUACUCACACAUCAAUGUAAUGUUGUAAGCACAAAACAGUUUUAAUGUAUUUAUAUUUAAGAUAUUUAAGAUAUCUCUAUUUUACAUAAAACUCAGAUUUUCUUCUAGAAAUCAUCUUCAGAUAUACACGGGAGAAUAAUGGUCAUUACGAACAAACUCACUCUCUUCAGUUCUUUCUGAGUAGACUAAUGUGAAACGAUGGUUUUAUUUUGUCUCAGUGCUGGAGUCCAAGAGCUACAGUCCACUUCAGUCUUUAAACGCUCGAUCCAAAUUCAUUCUUUAUAACAGUGCACCGAGUCACACUGACUUCUUGUAAGUUAACGUCUUGUAAACUUUGUUGUAAAGGUGUAUUUGUAAAUUUCGCUGCCAAUGUAAGAAAAGAACAACUGUUGUGAAAUGUACUUUUUGUAUUAUACAUCAACUACUGUUUCUGUUUUUAUUAUACUGUACAUAAAAGCGCACUUUAUUUUAAUUUUUUAAAUAAAAGAAAUAAAUCACUCAA